GCCGGGAUGUGCGUCCGGGUUGGGUCGGCCCCAGCGAGUGGUUUCCUCUCGCCUUCGCUCCUUCGCUGCCUCCCUCCCUGCCUCGCCGCCGCUGAGGUGGAGCUGCCGCCGAGCCCUCUGAGGGAGCGCCGCCCGCGCCGCCCCUGCAAGGGAACGGAAUCAGUUGUUUCCUGAAUAAGCCAGUCACCUGAGACACAAAGAUGCUGGAAGAAGAUAUGGAGGUGGCUAUCAAGGUGGUAGUAGUAGGAAAUGGAGCUGUUGGGAAGUCCAGCAUGAUUCAGCGAUACUGCAAAGGGAUUUUUACAAAAGACUACAAGAAAACUAUUGGUGUAGAUUUCCUGGAAAGACAAAUCCGAGUUAAUGAUGAAGACGUCAGGCUAAUGUUAUGGGACACUGCAGGUCAAGAAGAAUUUGAUGCAAUAACUAAGGCCUACUACAGAGGAGCCCAGGCUUGUGUUCUUGUGUUUUCUACAACUGACAGAGAGUCCUUCAAAGCAAUCCCUACCUGGAAGGAAAAAGUUGUGACUGAAGUCGGAGACAUUCCCACAGUUCUUGUGCAGAAUAAGAUUGAUCUUCUUGAUGACUCUUGCAUAAAGAAUGAAGAGGCAGAAGCACUGGCAAAAAAGCUAAAGUUAAGGUUCUACCGAGCGUCUGUGAAGGAAGACCUAAACGUAACUGAAGUUUUUAAGUACUUAGCUGAUAAAUAUCUUCAAAGGCUCAAGCAACAGACAGCCGAAGAUACAGAACUGGUACAUACAAGCAUUAACAAGAUUGGUGUUUUUAACACAGAUGGUGGAAGUGACUCCAACCAGAAUUCUAGCACUCUUAAUGGAGAUGUCAUCAACCUGAAACCAAACAAACAGAGGACCAAGAAAAACAGAAGUGCUUUCAGCAACUGCAGCAUACUUUAGACCACUUUGGGAGGAAAAAAAACCAAGCCAGUGAAUUGGAUGAAGUUGUGCAAUUGAAUACAGAAUAAAGCCAGCUGUAGAGGUA